UAAAAAGAACAGACUUUUGGUGUCAGUCAAAACGCUGGUGUGGCCGCUCUCUCUGGCUUCUUUCUAAUGUUAAUUGUAUCUAAUCAAACGAUGGGUGAUACAAACAAACAUUCGCAAAAACUUCAAUCGAACGAGGAAGUUAUAAAGGAGAUCACUAAAGAUCUUGAAAAUUCUUGUCUCAAUUCAGACAAAAACACGGCGGAAAAUAUUACUUCAAAUUUAGAUACAAACAAUACAAAUGUAACUGCUGAUUCAUGGGAUAUCACAGAUAAGGAGCACGAUGGGAGUAAUAGCAAUAACACACAAAAUACAGAUGUCUUGGAGGAUGUAGACGAAGAGCUUCUUAAAGAUAGAGAAAUAAAUCUUACAGAAACUGAGAAAGAGGCAUUAAAAGAUGAAGCAGAAAGAUUAAAAAAUAUAGGAAAUGUCUUAUUCAAAGAUGGUGAAUAUGUUCACGCCAUAUCGCUAUAUACUCAAGGAUUGCAAACUUGUUCUUUAGCAUAUGAUAAAGAAAGAUCUAUAUUAUAUGCUAAUAGAGCAGCGGCAAAAACAAAGUGCCAGAUUGACAAAAAUUCAGCAAUAUCUGAUUGUACAAAAGCCAUUGAAUUGAAUUCUAGCUAUAUAAAGGCUUAUAUAAGGCGGGCACAAUUAUAUGAAGAGACAGAUAAGUUAGAUGAAGCAUUGGAGGAUUUUAACAAAGUUUUGACUUUUGACCCCAGCCAUACAGAAGCUAAUCAUGCAGUCAGGAGGUUACCACCAUUAAUUGAAGAAAGAAAUGAAAAAUUGAAGGCAGAAAUGUUAAGUAAACUUAAGGAUUUAGGAAAUAUGGUGUUGAAACCUUUCGGUCUUUCCACAAACAACUUUGAACUGCAGCAGGAUCCUAAUAGUGGUGGUUAUUCUGUAAAGUUUAAUCAGAAUCCUAGAUAAGCUAGUAGAAAUGUGCAUAUAUAUAAAAAAGUUGCUAUAAAAACUAAGAUAUAUUUAUACAUAUGAAAUGAAUCCUAUUAUUGGAAUUUCAUUUCUGUUUAGCCAUAAUAAAAUGUUAAUGAAAUAUCUGUG